CGGUCACAAAGGCAAAACUACGUGCGCGCUCCCGCUGUGUAGCGACAAGAUGGCGGUCGCCGCCCCAUCAGGUGUUAAAGUUCCUCGUAAUUUCCGGCUCCUGGAAGAGCUGGAGGAAGGCCAGAAAGGUGUGGGAGAUGGAACGGUGAGCUGGGGUCUGGAGGAUGAUGAGGACAUGACCUUAACACGAUGGAGAGGGGUGAUCCUCGGCCCUCCAAGGACAAGCUAUGAAAACAGGAUGUACAAUCUGAAGGUUGAAUGUGGGCCAGAAUACCCAGAGUUACCACCGUACGUCAGAUUUGUGACAAAGAUAAACUUGAACGGCGUGCACACCUCCAGCGGUGUGGUUGACAUGCAUGCGGUGGCUGCGCUGGCCAAGUGGCAGAACUCCUACAGUAUCCAGAUGGUGCUGCUUGAGCUGCGACGGCUCAUGACGUGCAAGGAAAACAUGAAGCUUCCUCAGCCUCCUGAGGGCCAGAUCUACACCAACUGAGCCCCUGCUACUUUUGCUUCCAUCUCCCCCCUCAACCCCUGCCCAACUCUUCUGUUCUGCUUCAUCCCUUUAUCCCCAUUCUGCGCUAUGUGACCCUCCACCUCCUGCCGACACCUUGGCUGAGCACGCACACACACACACACACACACACACACACACACGGAGUGGAAGACUUAGUAUACAAUAACAGAUACAUACAACAUACAUACACAUAUGCACAUACACAUAUCUGUAGACACACACAUGUAUCGAGCGUUCAUGAAAGUCAUUCCAAGCACUGGCCCCCUCCCCCUCCCAUCACUGGAGCUCUGGGUGGACUCGAUGUGACGAGGCAGGUGGAGUCCUCAGUCCACACCAGAUCUGACCAUUCGAAUACUGUACAUGUUACUAAUCUUUUUUUAUUAUUAUUUGUUAAAAAAUGCAGAUUGUACAAUAACAUAAAUAAUCUUAUUGAGUGUACCUCUUUGUGUGCUGCUUUUUUGUAACAUUGAAAACAGCCUCUUAACAUAGCUGCACAUAGUUGACUGAAGUCGUCGCUGUUAGUUGCAAGAUAUCCUCCUUUCACGUGUACAUAUGAAAUCUCGUACCCAACACACUUAACUUGUCAAAUCAUCUGAAGAAUGUCUUGUCAUGAAGCCAGAUCAGUGUGUGUUGACAUGGGCUUGCACCUAAUGUUUCUCAAGCGGUCGUGCAGCAAAUGCACGACUGCAGCUCAGCAAGGUGCCUGGAAGUGGUCACCUUACUCACACAUGGCUUUCUCCUUCAAAGUAAGAAUUGUCCAAAGUGAAUAUUGUGUACAGUAUCUAUACCACUAUAUCUGAUCUUAGUAUGCAUAGUAGCAUAGUAUGCAAAUCUACUGUAGGUCUGUAGAAGUCCCGGUUGAACCAUGCUUGAAAAUAGAAGUGAAAUGAGCUACCUCUUUUGGUCCUGUGUAACGUCAGGGGAGUUGUCUGACUUGUGAAACUGUCUUUGCUACUUCAUGUGACAAUUUGUUUUACUUUCUCCACUUCUUUCAUAAAUCUUAAUUCAUGCUU